AGCUGGAGGUACUCAAGAACUGAAGACUUAUUAAGCACUCUCCUUUAACUGGCGACUUGUUUUUCAUCUCGUGACAUCACUUUCUCAUCACCCUAUUCACUGCAGCUGACGAGCCUUCAUCGAGCAAAACCCACUUUAGUGGUGAGUGGUGAGGCAGGAAGAUGUCCACAAAUAUCUUCACGGAAGAGACAACUAAAGGUUCAUUGCUUUCACCUAUUCUCGCCGUCAGAGCUCACUGCGGCUGGAGGGCGGCUGUGGAGGAGGUCAGAGUUCGGAUUGAGGUCAUCGCAUAGCACGCCCCUCCACUUUUUCUGUUUCUUUUUUUUUGGUGAUUGCUUUGGACAUCUCUCUCUGCGAGUGUGGUAGGUGGGAUGGAAGGCCAAGCAGUUGCUUUAUCGUUUGUAUUGCUUCGACUGUCAUUCCGCGCUACAGCGUCACCCUCCUUGCUCCCUGAUCAACUUUCUUCUUGUUGCUGUCUUGGCGCUUUCAGGUAUGUCAUCCGCAGCGACGCUAAUCACCUCCACGUGGCGCUUCGGUUGGCUACCCUUCUCCAGGGGAAAGCGGGGAGCCAGCAGCCAUGGCAUUACGCAAUGGUGUCGUUCUCUAUUCUUUCCAUUCUGGCCAAGGGACGUUCUCAACUCGGUGACGAAGCCAGCCGCAUCAGCGGUGCCAUCGUUGAGCGACUCGUGUUUUUGGAAGGCUUUCUUGUUCCUAUUCUGCCGCUGAACGAGGUGUGCAUCAUGACACGGUAUCCGCAUAUAGGUCAAGGACAGAGAUGCAUUGAGGAGGAUUAA